CGGAGAGGAGUUUACUGCGUCGUUCGGACCGGACAACCAAUGUGGAAGCAGCGGGAAAAGGUGGUUCGAAUGAGGGACUGAGUUGUUAUAUUCCCUGUUGAGAGAUGUCAUACUCCGAGCGUUUGCAGUUCCUUCGGGAUCAGAACAAGCAUCUAUUGCAAAGGCUGAGAGAAGAGCGACUGCAAUUUGUGGCCCCUAGCAGUAUGCCUCAGCCCCCCAAGAGCAAUAACGGAUUUGACUCAGCAGAGAAUGAAAAAACUGCAGAUUCCCAAGGGAACAACUACAGGGCCAACAGAUUGGAGCAAGGAGAUGGCUGUUGUAUGAGGAAUCCCAGCUUGAAAUACAAAACUUGUGAACUGCUUGGACAAGAAAUGAAGAAUGACGUCUUACAACAGCCCAGUGAGGUGGUAAUGUCUGAAUCCCUACAGAAAAGAGAAGAUUCUCGAGCAGCGCUUUGCACUCCCUCAAUGCACAGAGCCAAGAAGCAAGGUUGGACCCUUGGCUCAGGGGAUGGAGCAAGCAUGGAGCUGGCUGACAAGCUUCCUGUCAAUAAAGCCAAAGCAUUUUCCAGUGCAGAGAAAAACUGUUCAGUGUCAGCAGUUCUGUCACCUGAAGAAAGUCGUAUCACUGCAGAAACACUGGGCCAGAAGUGGGACAUGCAAAAACUGAGUCCCCAAAGUAGCCAUGUGACUGAAUGUUUUCAAAGCUCAACUCCUUUUACCAAACCUCCUCUUGACCCAACAUUAACAGAUCAGCCAGAGCUCCCUGUUCCACCAUCACAAAGUUCGGGAGGUACUGGCUGCAGGCAAAGCAGUUCCCAGCACUAUUCCCAGUUCCUUCAGUCCUUCAGUGAGAACCCAAAGCCGAGGUCCAAGCUGGAUCCACCAUUAUAUGUGGACCAGCUGUUGGAUGUGGGCAAUGAUCGACACAGCAAGCAUUUCAUCAGAAAUACUCAGAAACCAAAAUCAAUCCUCAUGGAACCGCACGACAAGAUGGUGAAGGCAGAUAUGGGUCAUGUGACAUUCAUGUCCCCAGAUGAGGAAUCUAGCUUAAAUACAGAGGUUCAAUCUGUGCAACCCCUCCUGGGCUAUGACUGGAUAGCAGGUCUGAUAGAUGUGGACUCACCACUGUCGGAAAAAUCUGAGCAAUAUUUUUUGGAACUGCAGAAUUUCCGCCGGGUGAACAAGGAAGAAUGUGUCCACCAAGAGUACGUAGAGGAAGAGGACCUAAAUGAUACAGUCACAGAUCAAGAGGAACUCAGCUGCAAUAGUCAAAAUCACCAGUGCACACAUUCUUACCGUGUUAACAGUCGCUUGUUUGCAGUCCCACUGGAACCAGCAGCAGCAUGUCCCCUCUGCAAAACUCCCAAGUCAAAACGGCCACACACCAUGGAGGAACCUGCAUAUAUCCGGGUCAGUAUCCCCAGAUCAACUUUGCUCCCUCCACACAAAUAUAAGCCACACUGUCGGAAGAGCUUCAAUCCUACUGACAGCCUGUCGCUGCCUUCGUGCUCGAAUCUUUGGCGACGAAAUGCUGAGACCUGUAAGGAGAAUGAAUUCUAUUACCCAGCUGCAGGGCGGUGCUGCUCCUUUUGUCCUCCAGGAAAAUAUCGAGAAUUAUUUUGCACACCUGAACGUGACACUAUCUGUAAUGACUGUCCACACAACACAUACAAAGAGGAAUGGAGUCGUUCAUACGAGUGCAUACGCUGUGUGGGAACAUGCAGUGAUCCUCUGCGACAAGUUCAAAGCUGUACCCAGACAACAAAACAGAUCUGCGAGUGUAAGCCUGGAAUGUUCUGCAAAACUCCGAGCCGUGACUACUGCCUGCAAUGUGUUGAACACAGCAUGUGCAACGUGGGAGAAUUUCUGAUUGAAGCAGGAACCUCCACAAAGGACAAUGUUUGUGGUCCCUGCCCAGCAGGCACAUUCUCUGAUAAGAAGUCUGUUUCCACCAAGUGCCAGCCGCAUACUAAAUGUGCCAAAUUGAUAAAAGAAGGUACAACAACCAAAGAUGCAGAGUGCGAUGAAUCUAUCAGCCCUGUAACCAGUACCCUCCAGACCAUCACAAGCAGGUUGAACUCGUCCAAGACAUCCACAUCUUCACCAGUCAGAUUUUUGACCACUCUGAGGGUAGAUCACUUGACAACAUUAUCCAUUGCAGUCACGACACCCAGAGGAAACAAACAGAUGGUUAAUCUACUUUUGAUAGUUGGAUUGGUCCUUGCCAUGCUGCUGAUUCUCAUCGUCUCCAGUUUGCUGUUCAGCCACAAGAACUAUUUCAAAAGUCUACUCUUAUCCAAUCGAACUAAAGGUUCCAUCUAUAUCAUGAGCCCUCGCACUGUGUACGUGGGAGUGGAAACCAGUGAUUGUGUCAGCCCCAAUCAGAAAGACCCCAUUGUUAAACCUCCAGAGUCCCACAUCCACUUCCCUCAACAGGAGUCAAUGAAGUCUCAGAAUGCAGGAGAGAGCCAUGUGUUCCCAGUGGAGGAGGAGGGGAAGAUUUUCCAUGAUCCAGUACCUGCGGCCGACUGUUAA